UGCGCUCUCCCAUUCAACCUCUGUAGUCAGCAGAACGAGUGGCUGAGCGGAGCAGCGCAGCAUCCACAGCUCCUGCAUCCUACGGAGGAGUCUGCUCCGAGGAAGAGAGGAGAAAAAAAAAAAAAAAAAAAGAUCCUGCCUGACAGAGAAAAAGAGAGCCACAGAUGAAGAGAGGCAGAAAGGGGAUGAAACGCGCAGAGGGAGAAAGAGGGCAAAAUGACAGGACCUGAGUAAAAGGUGCUGCCUGAGGACAACUGCAGCGAUACUAAAUCUGGAGCUGUCAGGACAACCCUCAGUGAGCCAGCGAGUGAGAAAGGAAAGGAGGAGGAGGAGGAGAGAAGUGGAUUUGAAGAGCUGAUCUUAUCACUCUGGACAUGCUGAGAUGGGAACCGUGAGAGACUCUCCAUCAGCAGAUCAAACUUCACAUGAGAGAAAAGCCCUCAGAUCAUCCGUUUGAAGCUCCUUCUUCAGGGAAGUGACAACACGGAGAAGAGAUAGAACCCAGUACUUCCCAAAAGCUGGUUGGACAAACCCCGCACAGGACACCUACUGCUGAAUCGCUCAGCGCGGCUCGAACCUCUCCCGUCCUCAGCCCUCCAUCACACCCGGCUGCUCCUGCUGGAUGUCUUCUCUGCGUGCUCUCCCACUGCUCAGCAGUUGAACACACUCAUGGUCGAUGCCAAGGGAAGGAACAUGAAAUGUCUGACUUUCUUCUUAAUGCUUCCUGACUCGGUGAAAAGCAAGUCAAGCAAAAGCUCCAAGAAAGGGAAUGCCAGCGGCAGCUCCAAACUGCCCCCAGUCUGUUAUGAGAUAAUCACCUUGAGGAGCAAGAAGAAGAAGAAGAUGUCUGCGGAAAUUUUUCCCACCAAGAAGCCGGCGUCCACCACCACCACCGCCACAACGACCACCACGGUGCAGGAGUACCAGCAGCAGAACCUCAACAACAACAACACGAUACAGAACUGCAACUGGCAGGGACUCUACUCAACUAUAAGAGAAAGAAAUUCAGUGAUGUUCAACAAUGAGCUGAUGGCGGACGUUCAUUUUGUCGUGGGUCAGCCGGGAAGGACCCAGCGGCUGCCGGGCCACAGGUAUGUAUUAGCUGUGGGCAGCUCGGUGUUUCAUGCCAUGUUUUACGGUGAACUUGCGGAGAACAAGGAUGAAAUCCAUAUACCAGAUGUGGAACCAGCAGCAUUUCUGGCAAUGCUAAAGUACAUUUACUGUGACGAAAUUGACUUGACUGCAGACACUGUGCUGGCCACUCUCUAUGCUGCCAAAAAGUACAUUGUCCCUCACCUGGCCCGGGCCUGCGUCAACUUCCUCGAGACGAGCCUGAGUGCCAAGAACGCCUGCGUGCUGCUCUCCCAGAGCUGCCUGUUCGAGGAGCCGGAGUUGACACAGCGCUGCUGGGAGGUGAUUGAUGCCCAGGCUGAGUUGGCUUUACGUUCAGAGGGCUUCUGUGACAUUGACUCCCAGACCUUGGAGAGUAUCCUACAGCGAGAGACACUCAAUGCUAAAGAGAUAGUGGUAUUUGAGGCCGCACUUAGCUGGGCUGACGCCGAGUGCCAGAGACAGGAGCUCACAUCCUCUACCGACAACAAGCGUAAGGUCCUGGGCAAGGCCAUGUAUCUCAUACGUAUCCCUACGAUGGCACUGGACGACUUUGCCAACGGAGCAGCCCAGUCUGGCGUGUUGACGCUAAACGAGACCAAUGACAUCUUCCUGUGGUACACGGCAGCCAAGAAGCCCGAGCUGAAGUUUGCGAGUCAGGCCAGGAAGGGGCUGACGCCGCAGCGCUGCCACAGGUUCCAGUCCUGUGCCUACCGGAGCAAUCAGUGGCGCUACCGGGGCCGCUGUGACAGUAUACAGUUCGCUGUGGAUAAAAGGGUUUUCAUCGCCGGCUUUGGUUUGUACGGAUCGAGCUGUGGCUCGGCAGAGUACAGUGCCAAGAUAGAGCUGAAGCGUCAAGGUGUGCUGCUGGGGCAAAACCUCAGCAAAUACUUCUCAGACGGAUCCAGCAACACCUUCCCAGUGUGGUUCGAGUAUCCGGUCCAAAUCGAGCCUGAUACCUUCUACACGGCCAGCGUUGUUCUGGAUGGAAACGAGUUGAGCUACUUCGGACAGGAAGGGAUGACAGAGGUACAGUGUGGUAAAGUGACAUUCCAGUUCCAGUGCUCCUCAGACAGCACCAACGGCACGGGGGUGCAAGGAGGGCAGAUUCCCGAACUUAUCUUCUAUGCUUGACAACAUGUGUAACUAUGUCUCUCAUUUUAGUGCACUUACUGAAGCAGAAAUGUAUCACUUUGUGCACUGUGGAAGGUGUUAUUUAUUUUUGUUGUAGCUUGAUGUUAGACCUGUGAGACAUUUUGUUCUUUUGACUUGAAAGAAUGGUCCGGCUCCGGGUCAAUGCGCCCCUUCACCAUUUCAUAGCCAGAGUCAUUUUUGCCCCUUCCUACUGGCAAUAUGUGGGACGUACUAAAGCAGCGUGUAUCAGUUAAACUUUUUGUUGUAAAUAUUUUGUUAAAUCAUGAAUAUGAAUAAUCACAGAGAUGCUCAAAUGUCAAUUAUAGUUUAAUUUGAUUGUAAAAUAUUUUCAGAAACAUUAGGAAGGGAUAUUUUGUACUUUGUCAACCAAAGAGUAAAAGCAUUUAUUUUACCGUAUUUUCUGAACUAUAAGUCGCUCCGGAGUACAUGUCGCACCAGCCAUAAAAUGCAU